GCUCAAUUCAGUGUGUGAACAGGAACGCGCUAGACAUGUCGCCGACGAUCAUUCUUCUGACUUUAGCAUUUGCUCUACCAUGCACCAUUGCCGGUAAGGUGAAGAAACCUACCUGCAACGAUUUCUCCAAAAAUGCAGAAUUCAAAGAGCAUGAUGCAAUCGGCACUUGGCACCUUCAUGGACCCGAAAUCGGUAAAGGUAGCAAAGACGCUAAGUGCAUGCAGUUCUCUGCUGUAGACGAAAAGGAGCAAAAACACCUGGAAAGUAACGUCGGCAAAUACAUUCCGGAUAUGAAGUGGCAUGCUGUGACACUUAAGAUGCAGAUACCAUGCACAAAUAACACCCAAGACAGAGCUCACUUGUACUAUCUCGAGAAACAGGACGGAGUUGGAUUUUACAAAACUUUGGAUAUGCCUUCACCCACUGCUAAACUAGAACCAAGCAUCUUCCAUCGAUAUCCGAUGCGUCUGAAAAGUGUAUCUGAACACUUGGCCAUGAUGGACUGUCACGAGAACUUCGUCUUCCUGCUGGGCAAGCAGCCGCAAGCACCGGGCGCCAAGCUUGAUGAACGCCUCGCUCAGAUCGUCAAGGACUACUGGAUUGAAGAAUAAAUGUAAUGAAGACACACGUGGUUAUUUAUAAUGACAUUUGUUUAUUUUAUAAAAGUUAGGGCUUAGAAACUAAGUAUAUAGCUCUAGUUUGAUUUUUAGAAGUCGCUUGUUAGGAUGUAUCGUCUCAUUGGCUCUUUAACUUAUAUAAUAAUAUGCACCAUUUGUUUCGAAUUUCUUUUACUGAAAAUAUACGUCACUGGGUAUAUACCUUGACUUAUAAAAAAAUAUUUUA